GCACAUGCCGGCGUCGGGAAGGGCGGAGGAAGUGCCCGCGGCCCUUAAGACAGACCCCGAAGCGCAGCCGCGGGCAAGAUGGCGGCUGAUGAGAGCUCGUCAGACACUCUGCGACUCCAGUUCAAGGCCAUGCAGGAGCUACAGCACCGACGGUUACAGAAGCAGAUGGAGAAAAAGAGGGAGAAAGAGCUGAGCUGUCAAAGCAAAGCUGACAACCAGGAAGGGCUCAUGGUGAUCCCAGAUGGCCUCAGCCUCCUCGACACAGAGGAGCAGAACCUAAAAAACAUAUUUGAAAAGAGGGUGUUGGAAGAUGAAAUCCAGCAUCUUCGCAGUGAGCUCCGGGAGACAGUCGAUGAGAACGGGCGACUGUAUAAGUUGCUGAAGGAGAGGGACUUUGAGAUCAAACACCUCAAGAAGAAAAUAGAAGAGGACAGAUUGGCCUUCACCGGGACGUCUGGGAUGGCUGGAGAUCUAGUUGCCACCAAAAUUGUUGAACUGUCCAAAAAGAACCGGGGGCUGAUGGCCGAGUCAGAGAGCGCGAAGGCCAGGAUAAAGCAGCUGAACAAUCGCAUCCAGGAGCUGGAACAGCAACUGCAGAUGACGUCAGCCAAGCCACCAGCCAAGGGGGCCACUGAUGCAGGGGCUAAGCCACUGAAGACCCAGACGGGAGACAGAGCUUUGCUGGAGACCCCAGAGGUGAAAGCUCUGCAGGACAGGCUGGCAGCCACCAACCUGAAGAUGAGUGACCUGCGCAACCAGAUCCAGUCUGCAAAGCAGGAGCUCCGUGUGGCCCAGAAGGUUCUGGCCAAUGAAGUUGGGGAAGAUGUAAACAUCCAGCAGCUGCUGGCCUCCCCGGGGACCUGGCGGGGAAGGGCUCAGCAAAUUCUAGUGCUACAGAGCAGGGUCCGAGAUCUUGAGAAGCAACUGGGACAGCGUCAGAACAAGCCUGCAGGUUCAUCGAGCUCUGAGCUGCCUCUCAGUUCAGACCCAAGGAAGAUGACAGCACAGGAGAAAAACCUACUGAAGAUCCGCAGCCUGGAGAGGGACAAGCAGGAGAGCUGGGAGAAACUGGCCAGCGAGCGGGACACCCUCCAGACAGAGCUGGAGGAGCUGAGAAAGAAGUUCGAGGGCAUGAGGUCUCGCAACAAGGUGUUGUCCAGCGAGGUGAAGACCCUCAGGAGCCAGAUGACGACCCUGGUGGAGAAGGGCAGGCAUGACGAUGAGCUGAUUGAUGCCCUUAUGGACCAGCUAAAGCAGCUGCAGGACAUUCUGAGCAGCCUGAGUGUGCAGGAGGAAUCGAGACGCACAUCUCAGCAGCACCUGGACCAGAAGGUCAACAGUGAGGCCCAACGAAGCAGCAGCCUUGUGGCCCAGCUGCGGGCCAUGGUGGUUGAUCGUGAAGCCAAGGUGCGGCAGCUGGAGCUGGAGAUUGGGCAACUCAGUGUCCAGUAUCUUCACGGUAAAGGAGGGGGUGAGGGGGCCAGCCCCACCGAUGCCAGGUUCCCUGAGGACCAGACCCCGAUAACCAACUCUCCAGCCUCAGCAGGCGAUCAUGUUGGCAGGCUUGGAUCUUCCCGGUCUGUGACCAGCCUGGGCCAUACACUUGUGGAAUCUGCUCUCACGAGGCCUUCCCUGCCCAGUCCCCAUGGGACAUCGCCCAGGUUCUCGGACUCCCCAGAACAAAAAGGCUGGCAGGCACAAGCUGCAGAAAUGAAGGCCCUCUGGCAGGCUGCUGAGGUGGAGCGGGACCGGCUCAAUGAGUUUGUCACUGUGCUGCAAAAACGGGUGGAGGAGAGCAGCAGCAAGCUGCUGGAAGCUGAGCGGAGACUGCAGGAGGAACGCCAGCGAGCUGUGCUGUUGGAACAGCACCUGGAGAAGAUGCGCCUGGAGCCAUCCAGGGCCUCGGUGUCCCAGAAAGCUAAGAACAAGCCAGGACCUCCUGCUGCUAGCACCAAGCCUAACUCAGCUGGAAGUGCCAAGAAAGACUCAUCCUCCACGCAGCUCUGCGAUAUGCCCAUGGAGUCCCAGAUACAGGAGCUGAAUGCCAGGCUGGCCAUCCAGAUGGAAGAGAACGGAAUACUGAGGGAUGCCCUGGGCAGUGCCCUGAGAGGGAAGGAGGAGGACUUCCGCAUGUACCACCAGACCCUGGGCCAGGUGAAAGGGGUCUUCCUGCAGGCGCUACGGCAGCAGAAAGCCAACAAACAGUAGAACACAGCUGUUAGCUCAACUCCUGGAGGACCGACACUUCAGGUUCAGGCAGCGCCCACUCGGCUCCUCCCAGAAGUGGUUUGGUGUCCUAGCAGAGCUGGCAAGCUGAGGAUACCUGAGCAGAGGCGGAGCCAGCCAUUCCCGGCUGGUGGCUGGUGCAUUUCCCUGAGCAGGUGCUGUUGUCCUUCCUUGCCCUAGGGCCUCUCCAGGGCCCUGGGAUGCUACGGGCUCUCCACACAUAGAUGAGCCCCUCGGUGCUUCCUGAUGGCGCAUCCACCUGGAGCCAUCUAGCCCUCCCCAGUAGCCCCUCACUCGGCCCUAGCACCCACUGGCCAUCCUGCUGUGCCCAGCCUCUCUGUGUACUUACUGCACAGGGCAGAGCCCUGAGCUUGGAACAACAAGUCUACUUUCACAGUCACGACAUCUCUCGUGGAGUGUGUUUGUGCCCCUGCCAGGGAAACCUGGCCCUUGGUAGAUAGGUCUUACAAGUGAGGGACCAGGCUUCCAAAUAGAAGUUGAGUCAAUAGGUCAUUCUGGUGGUCCUGAGUCCAAAGCUAGGGUUUCCAGCUGAGUGAAUGCCCAGAGCUCUGGAUGGCCCCAAGGCGAC